AUGUCUUUGUAUAUUUGUGUCUGCAGAGAUCUGUCCCACCCGCCGCCCCUACUGUCGCCUCCGACGGCCCCUCACAUUGCCUUAGGACCUCACCUGCGGCCUCCGUUCCUGGGCAUGCCUUCUGCUCUUUGCCAGGCCCCUGGGUAUGGUUUCCUCCAACCAGCUCAAGCUGAGAUGUUUGCUCGGCAACAGGAGAUGUUGAGGAAGCAGAAUCUGGCCAGACUUGAGAUGUCAGCAGAGCUGCUGAGACAGAAGGAGUUGGAAAGUCUUCACCAGCGACAACAGCAGCAGCGUCUACUGGGCUCCGACUCUCUGGGAGCUCUACCUCAUGGCCUGCCCCUUGACCAUCCUGCCCUGCGGAGCCUGCACGACAUCCCAGAGGGCCACCCUCUCCGCGAGGAACUGGCCCGCCGUUCAAACGCAAUGCUGGUGCUCCGCCACGGGGCUGCCACGCCCCUUCUAGCACUCAGCCACCAGCAGCAACAACCAGGGGCAUCCUCCACACCCAAAGACAACCAGGCACAGAGCUCCGCCGCUGGGCCAGAUGCUGACUCCAGGAAGGCCCUCCGCCGAGGCCCCCAGAUACAGUUCCGUGCUGGGGACCACACAGGUGGAAGAGAGGACCGAGGAAGGGAGAGAGAGAGGGAGGUGCAGGAUGAGGAGAUGAAGGACUCAGACAGCGAGACAGAGAUGUACACGGAGAGGCAGGAGAGUGCCGCUGCCAAGUCAACGAGUAAACCCAGGGACAGAGAGAGGGACGGGGGUAAAGACACUGGCAGCAAGGGAGCAUGUGAAAAUGCCAAGGAGCUGGGAGAGAGCUCAGGCAGGCUGAGCGCCCCCUGUAGCUCAGUAGGUACAGAAUCACCCAGUCGUCACCUCUUCACCCCUGGACUGGGUAAGGCUGACGUCAAGUACCACCUGCCCCCUGGGUUCAUGCCACCGCUGCCUGCUCUUCACGCCCAGUCGUUCCCCUUUGGGUUCCCCUACGCCAACCCUUACUUUCACACGGGCUCCAUGGGAGGUCUUUUCAUGGAUGGGGAGGACUCGGCAACGGCAAACCCUGCGGAGGACAUCAGCAAGUGGAGUGUGGAGGACGUGUGCGGCUUCAUAAGCAGCCUGGCCGGAUGUGCUGAAUACACACAGGUGUUUCGGGAGCAGGCCAUUGAUGGAGAGACAUUACCGCUGCUCACUGAGGAGCACCUGCUCAGCACCAUGGGACUAAAGCUGGGGCCUGCGCUCAAGAUCCGCUCACAGGUGGCGCGUCGUGUCGGCAGGCUUUUCUACAUGACUGGAUUCCCCCUGGCGUUCCCUUUUCCGCCUUCUGCCGCUCUGCGCCCCACAGACCGGGAUCGGGACACUCCCCUGCCCCUCCCUCUGUCCCUACCCCACAGACCCACCUCCACCAGCAGCAGCUCCUCUCCUUACAGUGGUCCCAUUCCAGCGUGCUCCUCCCCCAAGCAGGAAAACGGUAACAGCUCCACGGUGGCGGGAAGGUACGAGGCCAAAACACCUUCGUAGGUGCUAAGAGGCAGGGGUGAGGAGGGUGAACUCAACCAGAUAGACUCCUAGAUUCUCUUUACUAGACUCCCCCCACCUUGGGAGCUUAAUGCUGAAUUUUAUGGGAAAACAUUGGACUGGAAUAAAAGGACAACUGGACAAUAUGAACCACAGCCGGCGAACCAAUCAGUCUGAGUCUGUCUGCAGCGGCUGUAGUCGAGCAGAAUCCAAAGAAACUGGGUUGGAUGGGGGACACGUGAGGCAACAGAGGAACAGAGGAAGAGAAAAAGGAGGAAAAGUCGACAGCUGGUCACAGACAGCCUGCCAAAAAAAGGAGCGAAGCCCUGCCACAAAUGCGACAUUCUUGCAAGUCAGACAGUCAGACGCUAGCGGAAACUCUUCCUUCCUUCCUGGGCUGGAGGAAGCUCUGCUAACUCACUUUCUUUCUCUGGUCUGUAUCUCUGCUCUCACCACAAGCCCUGCAGAACCCAGGAAUUAAAAGGAGACGCCUCUCUUCUUUUCUCUCCCUCGCUUCCCUCCGCUCCCUCGUUUCCGGAAGCCAAACAGCAGCGUGGAGCUGUCUUUUUAGAGGCUGGAGCUCGAAGCAUAUAUGCUGAGCAGCCACAGAUCUGACCAGCUCCCUCUUUAUCACUGCAACUAUGCAUUCCACUGUCCCAAUACCAAAGAUGAGCGGAUGUGUGGAAUUGGAACCAUGUUUCACAGUGUGUCUGCUUCUUGUUUUUUGCAUUAAUAGUCUCAGAGAAAAGACUGGUCCAACAGGGGAAUGCUAGGCUUGUGCCUCACAUGAUGGGGUCUAGGUGGAGCUGUCAUUUCCUGACAUACAAAGACUUCAAAUACUGUAUGUCGGAGAAAUGGAAAAGGUGUGUACGGCUUAUGUCAUUGUACGCUUGUGUUGACUACUGUGGGAGGUAGGAAAAACAUGCAAAAUUGUACAGAAUCAUGCUUAAGAUGAAAAUAUCCUGAAGGUUACAUACGUGGUACUUUUACUUUUUGUUAAAUGUAGUUGCACGAAUAAGGUUUUCUUUACUGAAAAAUGUGACUUGCUGAACUUUGGUGGUACUUAUGUUCAUACUUUUGUUCUGCCAUUUUUUUAAGUGUAAUAUUAAGACGCUCCAAUCUUGAAUGCUACUCCAGCAUAUAAAUGAGGAAAAAAUAUUUAUAGGACUUUUGAUGUAGUAGAUAAAGCAGAUUAUGAUAUGUAUUAUAAUUAGCCCUUCAGAUGGAUUCCAAAGAUACUUCUACUUGGUUCUCUCUUGGUUGCAGGGAAAAGAAUGGCACAAAGCUCUUAAUGCAAAUGUUUUGAUUUUGUUAUGGAUUUUUUUUAAACCAACAAGCAAUGAAUUAAAAAAUGGUCUCUAGAUUUCCCUUCAAAUGUUUUGUCUUCAUCCUAUUUUUCUAUUCACCACACGGGUGAAAUAAAUCCGAAAGAAA